AUGAGCUCAAUUGCCUAUAAAGUAAGUGCUUCAUUGCUUAGUCUUGUGAUGAUGACCUUGGUACCAAUUGCUAAGGCCUGCACAUAUUCCACAUCUUACUAUUACUCCUAUAAUUACUAUUCAUACACAUCUGCAACCUACAACAGAUGUGAUGGAACAUACUGUACAAGCGAUUACCAAUGUGAUAGUAACAACUGUUCUGGUAGCGUUUGCACAACAUAAUUGUAACCAUGGGCUAUUUUCUUGAUUGUGUUUUUCUCGGUCAUGUUCUUCUGUUUGUUCCUCAGAUGCAUCAUAGUUUGCUGCUGUCCUGCCAGAAAAGCAGCGAUUGUUGUUCAGAGAAAUGAAACCUAUUAACACCUACAUUCCCAUAAUCAUAGCCCAGCUCCAGUAGCAAACAACUCACAAAGAUUAAUUGUCUAGCAAAAUGUAUCUGUGGAGUCAAAUCAAGUUGUUGGCCAAGCUGUCACUGGAACAAUCACCAACCAAAAUGCUUUCUACCAAAUGAAUGGACAGCCGGUUCCUUAUAAUGGACAGGCCGGGCAAUAUCCAGUUUAUGGAUAUCAAUACGGCUAUCAAAACGCCUACCCAGGAUACGGAGCUCCAUAUGGACAACCAGCCCCUGGCCAGCAAUAGCAAUAACAACCAUAAGCUCAAAAUCUUAAUCCUUAAUAGCCUCAGAUUUUCAUGUGA